AUGGAUUAAAACCAUCUGAAAUUAAAUUUUAGUCAAUUUAUUGUAGAGAAACAAAACUCAUACACAGAUGACUAUAAACUGGGAGUAAUAGUUUAUUUAAUCAUUAGGGAGUUUUAGGUGUUGGAGCAUUUUCGUAAGUUCGAAAAGUAACCCAUAGAAAAACAAGAGCAAUAAGAGCUAUGAAAGUUUUAAAAUAUUUUAUAUAUAAUUAUAGGUCAUUAGUAAAUCGAGACUUUCUACUACGGAAUUGUAAUAAAAGUUUAUAAAUGAAAUAAAUGUUUACAAAUAAUUAGAUCAUCCUCACAUACUUAAAUUAUAUGAGUUUUACUAGGAUGAAAAAAAUUACUAUAUAAUUAUAGAAUUAUGCACAGGGUACAUAUAGUUAUGGAAAUUAGUGGAGAAUUAUUUGAUAAAAUAAUUGAAAAAGGCAGUUUUUCAGAAAAAGAAGCAUCUUACAUCAUGAAGUAGAUUAUGUCUGCAAUUUUAUAUGCUCACAAUUCGAGUAUUGUACAUAGAGAUUUAAAACCAGAGAAUGUUUUGCUUGAUAUAACCAGUUAAGGCAAUUAUAAUGUGAAGGUAGUAGANUAUCUUGCUGCCAUAUGUCUUAUUAAAUUCAGUUAUUUUUAGCAUAGCCAUCAAUACCACAUUUAAUAAAAUAUAAUAUUCUUGCUUAUAUGA